CUUUACUUUUCGACAACUUCUUCGUGCCAAUUUCCAGAAUAGAUUCAUACAGUAGGUGCAGUUCUAACCAUGUGUGUCAGUGUCGAAGUAGUAGUCAUGUUCUUUGAGCAGUACUAGCUUCGUUAUCGUUUUUCUUUUUACAUUUCUUGCUGGUAAGGAAUUUGAAAUUGAAAUUCCAAAAUUGAAAUUGUAAAUCGACACCACCUGCUGCUCCCCGAGGAUGUCUAUCUCUUCGACCAUGCGCGGGCGAGCAAUGGCUGUGACAGGAGCUGCUGCCCUCAAGAAACUCCCGACAAACUCCACGCUGGGUAGUAGUUGUAGUUCUUCUCUUCUUUACUUCCAUCGCUUGCUGAUGAGCCUUUUCCUCCUUCUUGGCACCACCAGCAUCUUCCACAAAGCAGGAGAAGUAGACGCCGCGCUUUUCCGCCUCCGCCAGGUGAACCGGGAGGCGGCAGAGCUGUUCAAAUCCAAUGACGAGCAGUGCACUUUUUACCACAAGAACCAUUUAUUUGAUGGCAGUCGUCUUCACAACAUCAAGCAAAGACAACAGGUACACAGUUCUUGUCAAGUGCACAACGACCAAGAUGACGCGAUCGACGGUUUUGGCGGGUUGCGGGAGAUGGUGGCGGCAUUGCAUCUGAGGGAUGAGGUAUCCAAAAAAAAAAAACUGUGUAAGUGUAAAUUUGUGUUGCAGAACAUGCAACAGAGUUACACCUGUCAUGCCAGAGAGCCAUGAAGUCCUCUUGUUCAUGUGUGUUUUCCCUUACAAGCUACGCGUGACAGGUUUUCUCUGUCAUGUAGAGCAAAUUUGGGGUGCUAUUUCUCAAAGAAAGUUACACUUACACAGUCUUUUUCUUGCAUAUGAGGCGGCGGAAGAGGUGGAAGCGAAAAGUUCUGGCUCUUGUGGCGCACCGCCAGCAUCUUCACAUCAGAGUUGUUCUUUUUUCCCGUUAGUGGGAGCCGCGCAUGAUGCUCAUCUUGAGUCCUCGUCGCACGUGGAAGAACUACAAGCGGGUGGAGUAGAAGUUCCUGAUGCUGAGCGAUCAGCUCAAGAAGUGGUGAAAGACGAGUUGCACUGCCAUUCUUCUCCCAGAAGCUGCGCCGGCGGCGCGUUGAUAUCAUCUUCAUCUUCGUCCCCCUGUGCAACUGGUUUUAGAAGUGGUGGCACCACUCGUCAUCUGUGGUCCUCCAUGUCAUUGUCAUCCUCCCCCGUUGCCAGAGCCCAAAGCGGAAGCGGCCACGACUGCUCCUACAAACCCGGGUCCUGUGGUCUUUGCGCGUUGAGGAAAUACACAGAAGAAUUGCGGACGAGCAGGAAAAAUAAGAAACAGCAACUCGACCAGAACUGGUGCUCCUGGGGUGGUACUUCCGCCACUACUGGGAUUGACAAAGAGAAAGAUGCUGAUGAGACGAGACUGAAGCAAAGGCGUCACGCUCCACAUGUUGCACACUUUGUAGGAGCGGCCUGCGCGGAUGACGAUGAAGAUGUAUUCUCGCAGCAACAUCACAGGAAGCCUGGUGCAGCGGCAGCUCCACCAGUAUCCGGCGCUCCCCUGGUUCCUUUCUUCUGCUACCUCGUGCAGAACAAGAAAUACCUGCAGAACUACUCCCCGCAACGGAUUUUUAUCGACAGAAAAAGACCUAAGUAUCCUGAUCCAUUUUGCUUAUUUUGCAUGACAAACACAGUCGUUCACGCAUGCACUGCAUGACAAAUUUGAUGGGGAUCAUGAUGAUGAUCGUGGCUCUUUUUUUUGUGGAUAAUUUUGCAGACCUUCCUCCACGGCCUCCGCCCGUUAGAAGAACAGUACGAGUAUUACCAAAUGCCGGCAGAGCCGCAAUUCCCGGCCGAAGAUUUGUCCCGAGGGAGAGGCAGGGCGAUAGCUGCAGCAACGGGUGGUGGUGGAACAAGAAGUCGCGCCGCUGGUACAACUAUGGCGCAGCGCAUUUUCACGCCGUGGGCGGCGGGAGGGGUGACCGGGCACGCGCCUUACCAUGGUGGGGUGAACAAUGGGCAACAGGGGCGCGGAGGAUAUCAGAACACGGGUGAAAUAGAGCAUCACAUAUGCAUUGAUAUGUGUCUGGGUCUGGAAAGAACUUUUGAUGUGGCUUGGACAAUCAUGCGGAGGCAUCAGUUUCUUGCCGCCAAGCAUGACAAGUUUUUGAGGUCGUCCUCGUUGUUUGUUACCCACGACUCUGGAUGUAAAAUGCGAUGUUUGCGCCUGACAAAAAAGUGGGGUGCUUGGGUAAUAACCACGCGCAGGACAGAGGACUUGAGAGUUGUCAUGCCAGACAAGCAUGACAAACUUGCAUUCUUGUUCCAGACCCAGACACAUUUGCACUGGAUAUCACACGGUGAAUAACAACUCUAUGCUCCAGCAAAUCAUCUUCAACCCCGUCCUCUACUGGGUUAUAUCAAAUGCAAAUAUGUCUGGAGACUUGUGAUGCUGUUUGGCGCAUCUUCAUGUGGACGCCUUCAUUGACGGCCAAGCAUGACAAGUUUUGGAGUUGCUACUGCAUGACAAACUGCGUUUCUGCAUGACAGGGGGUUCGUCUCAAUGAAAUGAAAUGAAAUGGCAGAGAAGUGCGGCUUUUGGGUGGCGUGCAUGACAGACUUGAGAGCCAUGCUAGCCGUGCAUGACAGACCUUGCACUCUUCCAGAUCCAGACCCAGACAUAUUUGCAUUUGAUAGGUUACCAGACACAGCAACUACAGCGCGGGUAGACGGGGGAGGGAGCAGGGGAGGAACGGACAGGUGGCUCCUACUUGGACGGGUGCAGGAUUGAAUACGGCGAAUGGAGGUGCUGGUAGUACUAGAAGUAGAGGAGGCACGACAGCGAAUGGAGGUCCGCGAACAAACGGGACGUCCACGUCGCACAACAGCCGCAUAAUUGCGAAUAACGUGCGUAGUCACGCCGUGAGGACGACGACCGGGUUUUUGUCGCCGAGAGGAAGUAGACAGGUUUCGUCCCCGCAGGGGCGAUCCUCGUCCACCCAAGAAGUCGUCAGGCCGAUUGACGCACUGGACACUACAUUGUACUGGCAGGACGUGUGGCACUGGUUACAUUCGCUCCCGAAGUGCAGUUCAACAAGAACAUCUUGUGGUGGACGACGAAUAUUGAAUCAUGCAGGAGCAGCUCCUGCUGCUCCAGCAGCAUCUUCGCACGGGCGGUCGCCUAACAGCGACGGCCUGGAAGAUUCUUCAGUGGACGACGACAUUCGAGGCUUCCAUGUCGCAAGAAGUCGGCCGGAUGAGCAACUUGUCGGGGAAGAUUUCCACGGAGCAGACGCGGCCGGGCCUGGGUCCUCGGGGCCAGCUGGUCAUCGCGACCUAAGGUCCUCGUCAGGAAGUGGAGGUCCUCGCGAGCAGGACCAUAUUACGACGACCGGGAGCGGUUCAACUGGUUCAUCUUCUUCGUCCUCCGCGACGCAUCAGCCUGCAGGUGGAAGUAGAACAUCAACAGCAGCAUCUUCAGGUGGGACAGCAUCAACCAAUCGAGGAUACUACACAGGAACGCCAGAAGUAGAUGAGGACAACUCCACCUUCGCCGCAACAUCCGCAAGCCGUCCAGCAACUCGUCGCACCGCGCACGGUAGCGGCCGCAGACGGACUUCCGGACGUCGACCAGGGACGUCUUCUAGGACUUCGCGGCCGUCAAACUCCAGGUGGUCAUCCGCUGGUGCAUCCUCGAGCAGUAGUGCGACUGAAACAAGAUUAAGAAGGAACUACCCCCGCCAACAAGAAAGCGCAGCAAGCACGUCGGGUCGCGCAGCUCGUCCUGCCAGUACUCCUAUGAUGUCUUUCCCACGCGGCGCAAACAUGCUUGCAGCGGUGACAAGCAAUAUCCAGAGAAAAAAAGACCCAUGAUCUACUUCCCCGUCCAAUUUGUCAUGGGAAAGAACCAUCAUGCAAUGUAGCAGCUGUGUGUCAUGCAAGAUGAAACGGAUGGGGCUGAAGAUCCUGAUAGGUCUGUUUCUGUGGAUAAGCAACACGAUGGAUCGCCAGGCUCCUUCGCAACACGAUCAGCAGGGUCUUCGUCGUCCAGAUCCCCAUCUGCAAAUCGCUCUCGCACCCAUACCGCGCAACAUGACGCCGAUCAACCUUGCAGCAAAUGAUGUCUCUCCGACUGAUAUUCUCGGUGCAGCAUCCAGGAGUAGUGACAUUUUGAACGUGUCUUUAGGUCCGCAUCCGGUCGUGGUGAGAUUGGCGAACCAAACGACAAGUAGAGGAGGAGUACACACUACGACUACGCCUGGCGGUAAUCAUCAUGAUGCUCCUUGUUCUUAUGGGGCAGCAGCUGCUGCAGCUUCUGGCUCUGCAUCGUCGGGGACGAGUAGUGGUACCAGCGGGGUUUUGGCGUUUGUAGCACCUGGAGCAGCAAGCUCGUCUUCGGCGCGACCUUCAACAUCUUCUUCCGGAAUCACACAAGAACUAGAACAACAGCUCGCGCAAGACCAAGGCCAAGCACCAAAUUAUACUGAGGAACAAAUGGAUUUGGAUAUGGAGUCACCUCUACACGUGGACCCGAGAACAUCUUGUUCGCUGGUGGGCGACGACGAAACCACCAACAGCCCGCCGCAAGAAGAAGAUGAACCAGUGGCACAGGGACCGAAACUUCGCGCGACGGGCUGGCGCCGCGUUGACUACUACAAUGACCGCCGGUUCUACAACCACGAAGCCGUUUACGUCGGCCCGCCGGCGCACAAAAACAACGCCUGUUUCGCGAAUUAUGAAUCUGUCAGGAUUGAAAUCGUCAAAGUUGAAAUGGUUUGCCAUGCAUAAAAUGCAAGGCAUGAAGUGCCUGUCUUGCCGGGAUGGCAAGUGAGGCAGAUUGUAAGCCUAUUUAGGGUUUGGGAUAGAGCUGCUAAAGGAGCAUGACAAAAACACUCUUCUGUGCCCAAACAGCAUGACAAAUUGGAUUUCGGUGCUCCGAAAAUUUGUCACGCGCCGCUUGGAAAGUGGUCUUCCAACUGGUAUCCAUUUUAUGCAUGACAAAUUCUUUCAACUUUGUCGAUUUCAAACCUGGCGCUUCCAUACGAACGCGGUGCGGCUGCUGAUCAACGAGAAUACCUUUGACAACAUCGGUAUGCAUUGCAAAAGUAUCGUACUCGUACCAAUUGCACCACAGCAUGACUGAUCUUGUUUCUUAGCUAACUCGUCAGCAUUGCAAAUUUCGUUCUUCCUACUUCUUCUUUUGCAAUGCAUAAUAGGAACGGACUGGGAGAAAGAGAAAGUGGAAGUGUAUGCGCAGAUGAUCAUUGUCGAAGAAGAAACUGAGCUGCAUCAGGACGAUAUUGCCAUGGGGGAAGAUGAAGAUGAUGAAGACGCGGCAGAUCACUCGAACUCGUCGCCCAAUUCUGGUCGUGGCGGUGGCCCGGAGCUCGUAUCCAUCCUUACACUGGCGGACGCGAAAAAGAAACAGCACGACAAACUGCGAAAGAUGGGAAGCAGCAGCAGCAGGAGCAAGAAGGUUUUUAGUAGUGGUGCAGCAUCGUCUUCGUCGUGGUCCGGGGCGUUUACUGCUGUUUCUUCCGCAUCUGCAUCCUCCGUGAAGGUGAAAACCAUACCCAAAGCGUAUUUUCUGGUUUUCCUGCGAGAUUUCGUUCCGAGUGUGGAGGACGUUGAGUUGCAAGUCGGCACUCCUGCAGCAGGCGGGGCAGCCGCAGCGGCUCCUGCUGCAACGGUGAUGGGCGGUUUGGAUGCGAUUGAGAAUGAGAAUCACAAUCAGAAUCAGGGUCAACAGGAAAGAGGUGGAGCGAGGAACGCGAUUGGUCCGGCAGAUUUUGAAGACACGGACACGCGGCUGAGCACUGUUGGGCGUCAGGCCCUGGAAGAGCACUACCUGCACGGAAUCAACCAGGAGAGACACUUGUUGCAGUGGCAGGACGGGACUGGGACAAAUCCAGCCCAGGUUGCAGGGGCAGGAGGAACACGACGACCAAGACCACCACAGGUCGCGGUUACGGAAGAUGCAGGAGAUGGCGCGGCUGCGCAAGAACUGGAGCCAACACAACAACUGGCACCACGACGUCCGACGACCCCACUGCAGCGGCAGAUCUCCAUCGACGGCGAUCAGCAUCCAGCGGCCCAAGAGGCGCUGCGAGCGGAGCAAGAGAAUAAUAUCAACGCAGAACUACAAGGUGGACAACCAGGACGACCACGCGGAGCUGCUCCACGACCAACGCAGGCAGAACAACGAAGAACCCGGGAGCCGCAGCAACAAAUCCUGGAGCCCUACUACUUCUCGGCGCUGGCGCUGUAUGAUGCAAACUUGAAAUACCCGCUGUAAAUUUCCCGUACACGACGUACAAAUGCAGUCUCUGCAUGACAAAACUUGCAUUCAGUCCUAGUCUAGCAUGACAAGUUGGACUCUGCAAGGUAGCGAAAUUUGUCAUGCAUUUUGUACAUGUGCGGGAAAUUUACAUUGCAUACGAAAAACGGGAGACAGAUGAGCACGCGACGCAGCCCGAAGGCGUUGAGCUACCAAACCAUGAGCGUGGUAUGCAUUGCAAAAGUAUCCUACUCGUAGUAAUUGCAGUCAUGCAUUACAAGUGUAAUAUUUCAUAAGGUAAAUCCGCAUUACAAAUUCAAUUUGUUAUGCUAAGGAAAUUUGUAAUGCAAUUCAUGCUAGUACGAUACUUUUGCAAUUCAUGCGUGGCGAAGAGCGACAAUUUCUUGCGGCAGGAAUUUUCCUACCAAGAGUUGCAGGAUUUGCUCUGAACAGUUACGUAUACUGGCGACCACACUGGGGGACAAGCGUGGUCUUCUUUUUUGAUCAACACAGUCGUGAGCGCUGUGCAAUUGGACUAAUUUUUCCUGUCAUAGUAUUUCUUCGAUUUUUAAGUAUUGUUGCACUCAAAAAACAAAGAUGUAUGACUACCUCAUCUCAACAUGUGGCUCUCUUGAUUUCAGCUUCUCCGAAAAAGCUUUUCUUUUUGAAGAUACGAAAGUUAAAUAAUAUACACCGGUACUGCUGGUCGUUGAAAAAAAUGGAUGACACGACAAUUUUGCAGAAAUCAUCGAAAACGCUGGUGCUUCACGCUUAGGCCAACCUCCUGUGAAAAGUAAAAAAUGAAUAUGCACAAGCACGUGCACGGACUCAUUUCCUAUAAUGUGUUUUGAAGUUUUAUCGCAUCGAUAUAUUAAAUUUUUGCUCCAUUAUGAGGCAGGCAGGUGCGAUUCUUGGUACCCGACUUGACCCUGAAUCAGAUUGCAAAAUUCCAAUACUCUUCUAAUUACAAGCUCUUGAGAAUACAACUGUCAGGGUGAGCUUCGGAUUUGUAUUUGACGGUAAAAUUACUCAUCCAGCUAAAUCAUGCAUGAUUGAUUUCGUUUGCGAAUUCGAUUUUGAAGCGGACUAGUUUUAUUUUG